AUGCAUUACAGAAAAUAUUUGCAAUUUUCUUAUUAAAUAUUUAUUUAUUGAUUUGAAAUAUUAACGGAAGUGUUUGAAGAGUAUAUCACUGGUGGGCUUAGCCUGUGUAUGUGCCCAAAUAGCGCCUGGAUCAAAUCAAUAUUUACCUCCCACAAAAAAUGGUUAUGAUUAUUCAGAGCCAAAUAAACCAUUCAAACCUCCAGGCCCACCCGGUCGUCCAGCACCAGGACCUGGACCUCGUCCCGGACCCAGACCACCACCAGGAGAGCCAGGACCAGACCACGUUCACAUGCCCGGCAACCCAUUCGACUUUGAAUAUGCCGUCAACGACAUUGAGACUGCCAACGAUUAUGCUCAUAAGGCUUCUAGCAAUGGUGAUGUGGUAACUGGUGAAUAUCGUGUACAAUUGCCCGAUGGUCGCAUGCAAGUUGUACGCUAUACAGCCGAUUGGAAGACUGGCUAUCAUGCAGAUGUCAGUUACGAAGGUGAACCUCAAUUCCCUCAGGGACCUGGUGGCAGACCAGGCUACAAAUAUUAAACUCCACCACACACUAUCACACACACUCACUCACUUUCUCUCUCACACUCUCUAUCUCUACUAUCCACUGUCCACCACCCCCUCCUCAAACUACUCAAUCAAUCUCAAUCUCAGUUAUUCUCUUAGAUGAAUGGAGAAUAAUGUUUAAACAAAAAAGAAAAAAAAAACAAAAGAUAAUUAAAUUUACACGUACAACUUGCUUAAGAAAUUUUGUUUUGUAAUUUAUGCCGUAAGGCGGAAUGUAUAGAGUAAAAGCAUAAGUAAGAAGAACUUCAUCUUUGUUGAUUUGUUAAAUUUUAAUUGUUUUUUUUAUAAUUUUAUUUUAUUUAAUUUAAAAUUUAUAUAUGUAUGUACUAUUUUUUUCUACUUUUUUUUGGAGUGUUUAAAAUAAUUUUGUGAAACAAGAAAAAAAAAACGAAUAAAAAAAAAUAAUUUUGAAAAUAAAAUAUAAUUUUAAAGAAGAAAA